CAAAAUGUCCAAAAUUGUUUCAAAAGCGCGAAUUGCCAACGACUGAAAAACGCUCACUUCUUGACCACCGGAAAACGGUUGGCUUAGAAUGAGAGCGCUCGUCAUCCUCGGCUCCACCACCACCGCCACCGCCACAUCUCCACCUCCUCCCUAUCGCCACCAACACCACCACCGCUCCACCAGGCCUCCUUCUCUGUCCCGAUCACCCCCGCCCUCUAUCUCCACCGUCCACUCCCUCCCCUCCCUCUCCGCCCUCCGUUGCGACCCCAAGCCCCAGCUCCGCACCCUCGCGGACCUCGCCUCCCGCCUCGCCGGCGACGGCCGCCUCGACGACUUCGCUGCGGUGGCGGACCACGUGGUCGCCUCCGGUGCCGAGGUUUCGCUGUUCGUGGCGGAGCUGGAUGCCGAGCUCGUGGGGAAGGGGUUGGCUCGAGGCCUCGGGGAAGGGAAGCUGUGGUGCUUCGUCGAGGCGCUGCGGAUGGUGGAGAAGCUGGGGAUUUCGCCGGCAAAGGUUGUUGACGGCGCGGCCAUGAAUUUGCUGGGGAAGGAGUGCGAUCGGUUGAUGGACUGCGGCGAUGUGAAGUCAUUGGUCCAGGUGAUGGAGAUUCUCGCAGGUUUCAAAUUUCCUGUCAGAGAGUUAGUGAAUCCCGCCGAUGUAAUCAGAGCGUCGAUUGAUCAACGCAGUCCGAAUUUGGCCAUUAGAUAUGCAUGCAUCUUUCCACAUGCACAAAUAUUGUUCUGCACUAUCAUACACGAAUUUGGGAAGAAAGGGGAUCUGGUAUCCGCAUUGAAAGCCUAUGAAGCCUGCAAGAAAAGCUCGAACGGCCCUAAUAUGUUUGUCUACCGCAAAAUAAUUGAUGUUUGCGGUCUAUGUGGUGAUGCUGAGGAAUCCAGGCACAUUUGUGAGGAAUUGCUUAAUCAGGGUAUCGUUCCAAAUAUCUAUGUUUUCAACAGCUUAAUGAACGUUAAUGCCCAUGAUUUGAGCUACACAUUGCACAUAUACAAAACUAUGCAGAAUGUUGGUGUCGCUCCGGACAUGGCAACCUAUAAUAUCCUUUUGAAGGCAUGCUGCCUGGCUGGAAGAGUUGAUUUGGCCAAAGAAAUAUAUCAGGAAGUGCGUGACCUAGAAUCGACGAGGGUGUUAAAGUUGGACGUAUUCACAUACAGCACGAUUAUUAAGGUAUUUGCAGAUGCAAAAAUGUGGCAGAUGGCUCUACAGAUUAAGGAUGACAUGCUUCGUGCGGGCGUUACUCCUAAUACAGUCACGUGGUCAUCACUGAUUAGUGCCUGUGCUAAAGCUGGUCUGGUAGAGCAGUCAAUUCAGUUGUUCGAGGAAAUGCUUCUGGCUGGUUGUGAACCAAAUUCACGGUGUUGCAACAUCCUCUUACAUGCUUGUGUUGAGGCAUGCCAGUAUGAUAGGGCUUUCCGUCUGUUCCAGGCCUGGAAGGACAGGAAAGUGGCAAAGACUUCAGGUAGAGACCGUGGCAGCAGAAAACAGAGCCUGUUGAGCAUGGUUCGCCAGAAAGAAAAUUCUAGUCAUACACUGGAAAAUGCAUCCAAGACACGUCACACAAGCUUUGUUAAGAGAUAUCCUUUUUCACCUACAACAGCCACCUAUAAUAUCUUGAUGAAAGCCUGUGGAACUGACUAUCGCCGUGCAAAAGCUCUGAUGGAGGAAAUGAAGGCAGCUGGACUUACUCCUAAUCACAUAAGCUGGUCAAUUUUGAUUGAUCUAUGUGGAGGCUCAGGGAAUGUGGAGGGUGCACUGCAGCUCUUGAAAAUGAUGCGUGCUGCCAAGAUCCAACCUGAUGUAAUUGCCUAUACAACAGCUAUUAAGAUUUGCGUGAAUGGCAGACAGCUAAAGCUGGCAUUCUCUUUAUAUGAAGGGAUGAAAAGGUAUCAAGUUGAGCCAAAUUUGGUGACAUAUAACACACUUUUGAGGGCUCGCAGUAGAUAUGGUUCCUUGCAUGAAGUGCAGCAAUGCCUGGCAAUAUAUCAGGAUAUGAGAAAAGCAGGGUACAAGCCCAAUGAUCACUACCUUAAGGCACUAAUUGAGGAGUGGUGUGAAGGAGUGAUCCAAGACAAUGAUAUGAACCAAGGAGAAGUCAGUUCCUGCAAUGGAACUGACUUAAGUAAACCGAACAGUCUUCUUCUUGAAAAGGUUGCAGUAUACCUGCAGAGGAGCAUUGCUGAAACCUUAGCAAUUGAUCUCCAGGGACUUUCAAAGGUUGAAGCCCGGAUAGUCGUUCUAGCUGUUCUGCGAAUGAUCAAGGAAAACUACAAACUUGGGAAUGAAGUCAAUGAUGACGUUUUGAUCAUCUUAGGAGUCAGUGAGAUAAAUGCAAAGCCAACCGAUCAAAGAUCCGAGGUCAAAGAUGCAAUUGUCAAAUUACUAAAGAAUGAGUUGGGGAUUGAUGUUCUCUUGAUAGAACCCAGGUCAGGCAGGACUCCUCCCAGGGAGUCGGAAACCUCCACUAGGAGACCAGUUGUUCUCCAAAGACUAAAGUUGACUAGAAAGUCGUUGCAUGACUGGUUGCAUAGUUGCGUCUACAUUUGUCCUGUGCUUUUAGUGAGUGAUCAGGAAGAAAGAUCAAUAACAGUGUAGCUCCCAAAAUAUGAAAUAAGAAAGAUCCCCUUCUGUUCAA